CGUGAGUCACGAGAGGUCGCAUUGAAAAUCAUCAGGGUUCCCGACACUAUGGGACGUGUCAUCUGUUGCGUUUUCAACGCUACGUUUUUUGUGUUUUUGUUUUAGUUUUCGCUAACGACUAUCGAAAUGGCUUCUUUAUGGACUGGGGACAGAGGGACCAUCCAACCCAAAGCUAACUUCAAUGCAACAGAAGAUGCUGUGGCUCUUAAAAAGGCCAUGAAGGGAUUAGGCACCACAGAGGAGACUCUGAUUGACAUCCUAACUCACAGGACUAAUGCUCAGCGUCAGGUGAUCUGUAAAGCUUAUCUGGAAGACACUGGCAAAACGUUGGUGCAGGACGUGAAAGGCGACACCCACGGGCACUUUGAAAAGCUGCUGGUGGCCCUGGCCACGCCCCCAGCCUUGUACGACUGUCAGGAAGUCAGGAGAGCCAUGGAGGGAGUUGGAACCGAUGACAGCAUCUUGAUAGAAAUCUUCUCUUCAAGGUCCAACCAACAGAUAAAAGUGCUCUGCGAUGUCUAUUUGAAAGAAACAGAGAGGAAGUUGACUUUUGAUCUUAUGAAGGAAACCACAAAAGAAUUUGGCACCACUAUUCUCCUCCUUGCUCAAGGCAAGAGAGACGAGAGCACACAGGUGGAUGCAGGGAAAGCAAAAGAAGAUGCCAAGGCUUUGUACAAUGCUGGAGAGAAGAAGUGGGGAACGGAUGAGGCCAAGUUCGUAGAGAUCCUGUGCCAGAGGAGCAUUCCUCAACUCAGACAAACGCUGGUGGAGUACCACAGCCUUAGUGGGAAGACUCUUCAGCAGAGCAUCGAGGGGGAGAUGUCUGGACCUCUGGAAGACCUGCUGGUGGCUAUCGUGAAGUGUGUGAAGAGUGUCCCUGCAUACUUUGCUGAGCUUCUCCAUCAGAGCAUGAAGGGAGGGGGCACCGACGAGGCCACACUCACCCGCAUUAUGGUGAGCCGCUCGGAGGUGGACCUGCUGGACAUCAGGGCUGAGUUCAAGAAGCAAUACCAGCACUCCCUGCACUCUGCCAUCAAGUCUGACCUGUCCGGCAACCUGGGGGCCUGUCUGCUGCAGAUAUGUGGAGGGGACGACUGACUCCACUCCGGGGACGACUGACUCCACUCCGGGAGAGACUUCAGGGACUGUUCUGUUGGUCUUUAGGACAGUACUGACAGUUCCUACUGCAUCUACACUCAAUAAAUCAAUACUCAUAUUUCU